CAGAUGAAGCUGGGUCAAGUGCUUUUUGUCCUGUUUCUCUUGACGCAGGGCACUGCGACAUUCAGAAGCGAUGCAAUAGCUCCAAGCAGAAAUUAUACUUUAUUAUCUAAUGUUCUUGCUGGUGACCUAGUGGGCAACAUCACUCUGAAGCCUUCUCAAGGACCAUUUGUGAUAGAUAAAGACUUAUUAGUCCCUGAAGGCUCUCAAUUGACUUUAAAACCGGGAGCGCAGUUGCUCUUUCGUCCUGAGACCGGAAUACAGAUCAAUGGCUCCUUGAUUGCAGAAGGGAGCCCGGAAAACAAGGUUUCGUUUUCAUCAUUUCCUUACCCUAAUGCAAGCUCAUACGCUAGCCACUACUAUGGCAAUGGAAUACGCCUUGUUGAUGGAAAUAAUUACACUGAAGGACGGCUGGAAAUAUUGAUGAACAAUAGAUGGGGGGUUAUCUGUGCAGAUCGCUGGACUAAAGAGAACACUGAUGUUGCAUGCAGACAUUUGGGCUUCUUAGCAGGGAAGAGACAUUUCAAACAACCUUUUGAUCGAACAAAGCUCUAUCUCAUUGAUUAUUUCGCAUGCAAAGGUUAUGAAAACAACCUAUGGAACUGCGACUAUAGAAGAAAAUUCAUGGGCUGCCCCCAAUAUCCCAUUGGUAUUGAAUGCGUGGGCUUGAUGAGAUUUCUCAAGGAAAAAGUAAAAUGGCGAGGGAUGUCCUUCAUGAUGCAGAAUCAUAGACCACUAUCAAUACUGAAGCAUGUUACCAUUAAAGACGCAGUUUUUGCUUUGAAUGUCACACACCAAGCCCCGGAAAUAAGCAGCGUCACUAUCAGGAACUCCAUCCACGGUAUCCAAGUAAGCCACUUGAUCGAGCAAAGCAACAUUGAACUCACUGAUAUUUUGGUUCAUGAUAAUUACCUUACUGGCAUGAAGAUUAUGAGCUUAAAGUCAGAAGUGAGAAUUCGUAAUUCGUCCUUCACAACGACAUCUUUAGGAGAUGGGUUUUCCUUUGAAGAUGAGACAGUGCCUAUUGAUUUCUGUACUUGGGGCCAAAACUCGACACUGGUGUACCCCUUAAUGUUUAGUGCGUCGUCUGAUGGCAACGAUGGCUAUUGCUCUAAGCCUGUUUGGGGCUUUUUACUAUUGAUUACAGCUACAAGAUCUGUGUUGCUGUCAAACUGUACGUUUCUCCAUAAUGGCAAGAGUGGGGUAAACAUAGAGAAUUUUGCAGGCCAUCUUCAAAUGACCAACAGCAAAAUGAACCAAAAUGCCCUUGACGGUGUUAACAUCAAAGGAUUGAUUGGAAAACUAGAGCUAAAUGAUCUUGAUGUUGUGAAUAAUGGUCAACUUGGUCUGGUACUGGAAAAAGUCUCCGGUAAAAUUGUUUUAGAGAGCUUUAACAUAAGUCACAAUAAGCAGGAUGGAGUUAAGGUCUACCAAGGAACAGGAUUCCUGAUGAUGAAAAAAGGAGCGAUUAAAGAAAAUAAUGCUCAAGGUAUUUAUAUCGGAUCUCUAAGAGAAGUUCAGUUGAAUUUGACAAGCUUGAAAAUUUCUAUGAACAAGGAAACAGGCCUAACUUUGGAGAAGACAUCAAAUGGAUUAAUAAUGCUAACAGACGUCACAACAACUUUAAAUUCCAAGUAUGGUGCGUAUUUUACACAAUGUUCAUCUCCGGUGGCCAUUGAAAGAAGUUCCGCAAAUGCGAAUAGUGGCCAUGGAUUCUAUUUUCAAAGGCAAGGUGGCUCUGUUAAGAUUUCGGAUUUCACUGCAUCUCUAAACCAGGAAAGCGGACUUCGUGUUGAUGAUGGCAUAUCUCGCUUGUUUAUCGAUCAUG